AUGAAAGACACUAGGCUUUCAUCAGUUAACAACGUCCCGCACUUGGCUGUGGCUUCCAAGAAUCCCUCUCGGGUCAAAGUCCAAUCCAAGCAUGUACAAAAAUCACAAGAACGACGAUUAUCCGGGCUUUUUUUACUUUGUGGUCAAACCAAGUCUGUUCCUGCUCUUAUUUCGGCUCCUUCUUUUCUUCACUCUUCCCCUCAGCUGUAUACUCAAUCCAAAAAUGGACCCAUUAUCGACAAUGUAGAUCUUCUUUUAAUAACAACAAUAGUUGCACUAGCUGCAGUUUAUGUAGUUGUUCGAAAUGGGAAUAUUACAAACCAACAAGCAUGUCUGGUAUUAAUGGGCGGUAACCCAAUCAAUCAUGGUAAUGGAACAAGUCGCCAGUAUCAUCAUCAAAUGAAUGGGAACGGAGGAAAUGGAUCUGGAAAUAACGGGUCAAGAUCCAAUGGUUCAAGAGACACUGGAAAUGAUCAAAAUGGGGGAGGAUUCCCUCCAGCUCCACCAUGGAUUGCUCCUCCACCGCCACCUCCACCUCCACCACCACCGCCUCCAAACCCGUCCAAUAUUUCUGGCCAUGAGUCUGAUGAUUCUGAAGAAAAAAAGAAGAGACAGAAAAAGAAAAAAAAACCUUAUGAGUCUGAAAGGCAAAGAAGGGUAGCAGCUGAUGUAGCAAAAAAUAUAGAAAUGUCGGAACAUUUUGAUACUUCUUUGAUUGUUGAUGGCGAAGGCCAACCUCGCAAAUCAAGAACCCAAGAUCAAAGAUCUGUUGUAAGAGAGUACCAGCGACGUGUGCGCCAGCAAAAAUUAAGAGAAAUGGUACCGACAACGGAGCGACAACAACAACAACAACAGCAGCAGCGACAACAGUGGCAGCAGCGACAGCAGCGACAGCAGCAUCAACAGCAUCAACGACAUCAAUAUCAAUAUCAACAUCAACAUCAACAUCAACAUCAACAUCAACAUCAACAUCAACAUCAACAUCAACAUCAACAUCAACAUCAACAUCAACAUCAACAUCAACAUCAACAUCAACAUCAGCAUCAACAACACCAACACCAACACCAACACCAACAACGCCAACAACAGCACCAACAACAGCACCAACAGCGGCUAAAUCGGCAACAGCGGCAACAUUUGAAUGCUCUUCAAAGACAUCAGGACGGACAUCAUCAAAGUUUAAACAAUUUAGAAAGAAGGUUCAGGCGAAUGUCUGCCCUUGAAGAAGAAGAAGAUAAUGAUGAAGUCGUUAAUAGUGAUUAUAACAACCAAGAACCUUUAGAAGAAAUGGUUGAUGAGUAUGAAUUAUAUCAGCCACAAGAGAAUGAGAAUGAAAGCAACCAACAAACAGUGGAAACUCAAGAGAAUGAUGAAGCAAAUGAAGCAAAUGAAAAAAAUGAAAAAAAUGAGGAAAAUAAGGAUGAAGAAGAGAAAGGAUUAUUUAGUAUUGGUGCUGCUGAAGCUCAAGCUUUGGCCGAACAAAUUCGUGGGGAACUACAGGCCGAUGAUCAGAUUGCAAUGACGGAAAGCACGCAAGGGCUGGCAAUCCAACGUGAUGCUUCAAUGGCAAGUUUUAUGCAUAACCAAGAGCAGCAGGCUGGGGGUCCACGGAGCCCCGCAACUGUUGGUGUUGUACUUUCUAUUCCUUCAUGGGAUCGGGAAGCAGAAUCCCGGCAGUCUCGAGAUGAGUUGCUAAGGCAGCGACUUGCUGACCUGAGACGAGAGACUGAAAAUGAUGAAUUGAGAAACCAAGCAUUGACGCUUUAUAGACGGUUUGAUGAACAAAGCCCUGGACUUGAAAGAAACCAACAGGUUCAUUUGUUGCAUUGGUUUGGAUAUAUGACUCCUUUACGACCGCAAAAUCGCCAUACACACUCUUUGACGCAUGUUGUUGAGAAUGCAGAAAAUAGGGGGGAGACUUUGUUUAAUAGAACAGAAACGUUGGAACACAGUCAAUUGGUAAAUUUAUCUCAAUCUCAAUUUAAAGAACAACAACAAAAUGAAAAUGAAGAAGAAAAUGAGAAUGAUGAAAAUGAAAAUGAAAAUGAAAAUGAGGAAGGUGGCAAUAACAGUUCCCGUAGAAAAAGACAAAAACACUGCAAAGACGAAGAUGAGGAUUUGAUUAAUAAGAAAAAAGACGAAGACGACGAAGAUGACGAAGAUGAUGACAAACAAAAUAAGCAAGAAAAUUAUAAAAAUAAUGAUCAAAAAAUCAAUUUAAAGAAAGGUAAUAAUAAUAUCUUGGCUUCAAAUGUUCCACAGGAGUCCUCAUCAGACAAUUAUUCUUUAUCUUCACCACAUGAGCAGUUUAAACAAGCAAAUGAAAUUUGGGGAUUUUCAUUGCCGCCUGGAUUGAGUAAGGAUUAUCUAAAUGAAAAGAAACCACGCAAAACCGAAAGGUUUUGGCAAUACGUGAGAUGUUAUGAUGAUGAUGAAGAGGAUGGAAAUGGGGAUGGCAAUGGAGAUGGAGAAAAUGGAGAUGGCGAUAGAGAUAGAGAUAAAGAUGAAGAAGAUGGAAAUGAUUCAAAUGAUGCAAAAAAUGGAAAAAAUGAGGAAAAUGAAAAAGAAGGAGAAGAAGAUGGAGAUAGAGAUGGAGAAACAAAAAUUGAAGAAAAUGUUAGCAACUCUAUAAUAAACAAUAGCGGAGGUAAACACAAGAAGAGAAUUGAUGGGGAAGUAGGCCUCACAAGGGCUCAUGCCCAGCGCCGAGGAAGGGUGGGUGGGUCUCGAAGAUCAUCGUUUUGUUCUUCCUUGGGGAAAGGAUUGCCAAAUUUCCGACGUCAGUGCCCAUCUUGUGGGAUGAAUGAGGAGAAAGGCGGAUAUUUUGAUGACAGUAGUGAUGGUAGAGAUACUUUAGUUGCAAUUGGGUCUAGUGCAACCAAAGCGACUGAGUCAUUAUUUUCAACGUUAUCAAUAUCCUCAUCCAAAAAGGCAUCUUUUGAUUAUCUUCACGGUCUUAAUAUGGUUCCGCACUCUGAUGAACCCCGAUUCCGAGUUGUUCAAAAUUUAUACUACUUUUACCACAAGCAACAUCAUCAAGUUCGGCAUGCUGCGCGCGCUUACCUCAAACAAGCGUCGCGUAAAGACGACCAACACAACAAAAUUAAGAAUAAGAAUAGGAGUAAGAAGAAGAAGAAUAAGGAUAAAGAUAAGAAGAAGAAGGUGAAUCAAAAAGUACAUGAGAAAUUUUCUAAGGAGGAAUUGAGCGACUGCGAAACUAUUGUCAAUGAGUCCUUAUCUUUUUUAACAGAAUGGGAUGUGCAGUUGUUGGAAGCUCCACUACCUAAAAUCCCACCUUUUCGAGACACGUUUUCACGCAUGAAGACUCGGCACAUGACCGCAAAGCGGGCUCGCCGGGCCCAAAUAAAGUCUACAUAUUUCAGGCAUAACUAUUUUAGUUUAUUAUGA